UUCAUCUGGGGAAUUAGCUCUCACCUCUCCUCUACAUCCGGGAACUUCCUCCCACCUGUACUACACCCGGGCAACCGCGACUCACUCUGAUCGCACGACGCCGGAUUCCGUCCUAGGUCAUGUAACCGGAUCGCGUGACGUCACGUGCCGUGAUGGCUUCGCGUGGAGGCGUUAGCGUCGGCUGCCUGCUGGCGCCCUCUAUAUCGCAGCAUCCGGCAGUAGGUACUGCGGAUUCGGCAAUGCUCACACGACCGCACAGCGAUGAUGACCGCGCUGGUGGCGCCCCCUGUAUUCUUGCCGAGAAAGUUCGAAUCGCGUCUUGUCUUUUGUGUCGUCACCGCAGUGCAGCAGUGUGUGCGUUCAAGUCCUCAGCGGCGUCCGUGUGUGCAGCCGCUCAGUGGUGCGGACGAGGAGCCAGUGUGUGCCUGCCUUCGUGCCUCCAGUCUCCCAGCCUGCAGCGCUCCAGCUUCUUACGGCUCUACUACGAUCACUGCAGGGCAGCAUCGGAUCACGCGCGACAGCGUUUUUGCCGCCGCGAGCGCUGCGAUCGCGUCUGCUGACAUGAGAGAGGGAGGAGGUGAGGAUGGCAGCCGUGGGCAGUGAAGACUCGGCCACUGAGCAGCGGGAAGAAUCACCUCCCGGCAAUGGCGAUGGAACUGCAGACUGGCAGCUGAUGGUAGCAGCUAGUGAGGGAUGCACGGAGACAGUGAAACGCCUUCUGCAUGCCGGCACAGCCAGUGUCAACUACACCGAUGGCUACGGUCGCACGGCCCUGGCCGCCGCAGCCGGCAAGGGACACGUGGCAGUGGUAACGGCACUCAUAGACGCCCGGGACAGUGUCAACCACGAUGAUAGCGAUGUUGCCACGGCCCUCAUGGCGGCAGCCGCCGAGGAUCACGGUGAGACGACGACGCCACUGCUGCGGACGGGUGCCGACGUCGGAAGCAGCGGCGACAACGCGGCGCUGUCGCGGGCGGCGUGGCGCGGUGCAAAGCUACGCGUCACGAAGCUACUGCUGGAAGCCGGCGCUAGCGUCAACCGUCGCGACAGCCGCAGCGACCUCACGCCGCUCAUGGUGACGGCGUGGCGCGGCAACACGGACAUGACGUCGCUGCUGCUAGGUGUCGCCGGCGUCGACGUCGAUCUCAGAGACGACGACGACGUCACGGCAUUGAUGAUGGCCGCCCACGAGGGACACGCGGAGAUCGUUCGUUUGCUUGUGCACGCUGGCGCCGAUGUCAACCACAGAGCCAGGGAUGGCAACGCUGCUAUCAUAGAGGCUGCUCGUCGCGGACACCUAGCUACGGUCACCCUACUGCUCGAUUCCGGCGCCGACGUCCACAUUGAGACGAAUCGCGGCCACACUGCGCUGAUAGAAGCAGGCUGCGGAGGACACGCGGAGAUAGUAACACUGCUGUUGCAACGCGGUGCAGACGCGAGCCUCAAAGACAGAGACGGUCGUACGGCGUUGAUGGAGGCGGCGCGCGAGGGACACACAGAGAUCCUGAGUGCACUACUGGGAGCAGGAGCCGACGUGAAUGACGCGGGGAAGAAAGGUCAGACGGCGUUGACGGAGGCGGCGUGCGAGGGACGCGCCGGAAUCGCGACCUUGCUGCUGGAAGCAGACGCCGACGUUGACCACGCGAACAAGUGCGGACGCACGCCGCUGCUGCUAGCCGCGUGCAGCGGACACGCGGAGCUGGUCUCGCUGCUGCUGCGGGCGGGCGCGAGCGUCAACCACCGCAGCGGGAAGGGCGUGACGCCGCUAUCCGAGGUGGCCGAGCACGGACACGGUGAACUGCUCGCCCCGCUGCUGCACGCAGGCGCUGACGUCAACAGCAAGGACUGCGCGGGUCGCACGCCGCUGGCUACGGCCGUGCGGCGCGAGGACGCAAACAUGGUCAAGCAGCUCCUGCGGGCGGGCGCAGACUCGAACAUGGCGGACGACGAGGGCGGCACGCCGCUGAUGGCUGCGGCUUGGCAGGGUCGCGCGUGCCUCGCGCGGCUGCUCCUGGACGCCGGCGCCGACGCAAACAUGGCAGACGCCCGCGGCAGGACGGCGCUCGCCGAGGCCGUCAUGUGGGGGCACAAGGCAUGCGCUCGGCUGCUGCUGGGACGCGGAGCAGCGGACGUGAACCACGGCGACGAGCGCGGCCGCACCGCGCUCAUGGUGGCGGCGCGCGCGGGCGACUCGCCGAUGGUGCGACUCCUGCUGGCGUCCACGGGCGUCGAUCCGGACCGCGCCGACGCCGACGGUCGCACGGCGGUGAUGGAAGCAGCCGCGGGGAGGCAUGCGAGGACGGCGCGCUUACUGCUGGAUGCAGGAGCGGCCGCGUGCGGCGGGGACGCGCGCGGCGUCACAGCGCUCAUGCUCGCCUCGCACGGCGGCAGCGACGACAUCGUGCGAUCGCUUCUCGACGCCGACGCCGACGACGUCAACCGCUCUGCCGACGACGGCGCCACGGCUCUGACGCUCGCCGCACAGGAGGGACACGCGGGCGUGGUGGCGCUGCUGCUCUCGCGCGACGACGCCGACGCUGACGUGACGAACUCGGCACGUCGCACGCCGCUCACCGUCGCUGCGAUGUGGGGCCGCACGGCGAUCGUCACCGCACUGCUGGACGCGGGCGCCGACGUCGGUCGCGUCGACAGCGGUGGCGACACCGCCGUCACGUGGGCGGCGCGCGGGGGCCACGCGGCGAUCGUGCGCCAGCUGACGGAAGCGCACGCCGACGUGAACGUCGUCAAUAGCGACAGACGGACGGCGCUGACGGAGGCUGCGCAGAGCGGGGAUGCGCGCGCGGUGCGGCUGCUGCUAGCAGCAGGCGCCGACCUCCUCCUGGCGGCGCGAUCGAGCGCGCACCACGUCGACGGCGACGGCGACACGGCGUUGAUGUACGCGGCGCGCGGCGGCCACGCCCGCGUCGUCGCCAUGCUGCUAGCCGCCGGCGCCGACGCCUCGCACGAAGCCGACGACGGCGACACGGCGCUGACGAAGGCAGCGCGACGGGGAUGCACCGAGAGCGUGCGGCUGCUGCUGCGGGCCGACGCCGACGCCGUCGCGCGCACGGACGCCGACGGAGACACGCCGCUCAUGUGGGCAGCGAUCUGCGGACGCGCCGACAACGCGAGACUGCUACUAGAAGCGCGCGCCGACGUUGAGCUAGCGGGAAGCAGCGACGGAAGCACGUCGCUGAUGGAGGCGGCGCACCGCGGACACGCGGAGACGGUGAGGACGCUGCUCGAUGCCGGAGCGCGCGUAGACCGAGCGAACGGCGACGGCGGGCGGGCGCUGACGAUGGCGACGCAGCGCGGGCACACAGCGACGAUGCGGCUGCUGCUGAGCGCCGGAGCCGACGUGAACCGACGCUCCGCGAGCGGGUUCACGCCCCUCAUGAUGGCGGCGUGGCGCGGACACGCGGCGAGUCUGCGGCUGCUGCUGCGCUCCGGUGCCGACGUCAACGUGCGCGACAGCGACGGACUGACGUCGCUCAUGGAAGCGGCGUGGCGGGGCGACGUCGAGACGGUGCGGCUGCUGAGAGCGGCAGGUGCCGAGGUCGUCGUCAAGGACAGCGAAGGUCAGACAGCGCUCAUGGAAGCGGCGUGGCGCGGGGACGCGGCCGCCGUCCGACGACUUCUCGACGACAACGUCGAUGUCAACCAACGCCACAGCGACGGACGCACCGCUCUGAUUCUAGCAGCGCGGGAAGGGCACGCCGACAUCGCGACGUUGCUGCUGCGAGCCGGUGCCGACGCGACGCUCGCCGCCGACGGUGGCGACACGGCGUUGUCGGCUGCGGCGACGGCGGGCCGCAUCGAGUGCAUGAGAGCGCUACUCGAGCACAUCAACCCGGACGCGAUAUCCGCGCAGGUGGACUCCGCAUACGGCAAGGUUGUCGCGCACGCAUCGCACCGCACGCUCAAUCAACACCUGAGAGAGGCGGCCGGCACGCUACUAGCCUGUCGGUACUUCAGGGGACUGCCCGAGCAUUGCUACAGCGACGCCGCGCCGUACGUGGCGCCACACGUACAGCGGCCGACGCGCGGCGUCACCUCGCUCACGGACAUAUGGGAGAUGGCGGGCGUGGGGAGGCUGCACCACAUGCAGGAAUGCGAGGAAAUCGCGUCCAUCGUGCAGAGACUAGUAGAGCGAGUAUGUGAAGAGAUGGCUGUCAUACAACCCGGCUCCACCUUCGUGCCCGUCCUAGUAGGCAGCGCGGCGAAUCGCACAAAAUGCGGUCUGCCGGACGAAUUCGACUUCAUAUUCGAGGCGAAGGAGUUCGAGGAUCGAGUACGCAUAACGAAGACUACGCGGGCUGGAGUCGUUCUCGCGUACGACUACGAACGCAAGCAGAACGUUUCGAUCGCGAUGAAAGAAGACUUCGUCAACGUUCUUUGCAAGGCGCUCUCGAAACAUCUCGCGGACGACCCGCAAAGCCAACUCAAGAUCUCCACCUACAAGCAAGUGUGCGAAUGGAACAAAGUCUGCACGCAGCUCAACCUCGUCUACGUCGGCGACAACCACUACAAACACCUUUUGUUAUCCGUCGACGUUACCCCAGCCAUCCGCGUGAGCGGCACCCCAGACGAUAGCAAUGCACAAUUCCCGCCCGAGUUCCACUAUCACGUCGUACCGAAACCGUUAAACGAAACCCACGACGACUGGUGGUCGGUCUGCACAGCGCAUGCCGAGAGCAAGAUCAUCUUGGAGUCUCCCGCGAUCUAUCGCCGAGCGCUGAUCAUCGUGAAGGCGUGGCUGGAUCCACGCAUUCAGGACGAUAGGGGUGCAUAUCAGCAUCUGUUGAAGGACGAAGGCAUUAAGGGUAGCGAUGAGGUCAGACAGCUGAAUCGUAAGAGUAUUGACAUCGUGCGGCUGUUCGUCGCGACGCGCUGCCAGCCGAAGAAACUCAUCGAUUCCUACCUGCUGAAGCUCGCGCUCCUGCACACGAUACACACGCCGCCGACGUUCGACCCCGUCCCCUCCGCUGCCCCCUCCUCCUCCUCCUCCGCCGCUGCCUCCUCCUCCGCCUCCGAUCGCCACAAGCUCGUCGAGUUCGUUCCGGCGCUCUACCUCAAACAGCUGUGCGUCGACGAGCUGCUGGUGCGGCUACGGUGGCGCCGACUGGUGAGCAGCGCCGGACUGCUUCAGGUGAGUUCGGCGACGCUGUGGGCGAAGAUGCAGGAGCCGAUACGCAUGGCGGCGCCCGACACGAACGUGCGGAACGUCAAGCCACUGAAGAUUCCGGUGAACGACGCGUGGGACCUGCUGUGCGAGCGAUGA